AUCUGAAAAUCCAGGCAUGCAUCUCGCCGCCGACUACUCCCACCGCGGCGGUGGCCGCCUCGGCCUAGGUCCGUUCGCGGCAGCCGUCCUCCGCACCGACAACCGUCGCCGUGCGAUUGCAGGCGGCGCCGUCCUAGCCUCGGCGCUGCUUCUCGUGGCCACACCACGACUCCGCCACUCGCCGGCGCUCCACCUCUUCGCCGACAUGCGCAACCUCCUCGGCGUGCCCAACACCCUCAACGUGCUAACCGCCUACCCGCUUCUCCUUGCUGGAGUACCAGGACUCAUCCUGUGCCUCUUCGGCAGUGGAUGCUUUGGAAUAAGCUUAAGGUGGGAGGCCUUGGGAUGGUUCCUCUUCUAUGCGGGGAAUGUAGGGGCAGCAUUUGGCUCAGCUUACUAUCACCUCAAGCCAGAUGAUGACCGGUUAAUUUGGGACAGGUUGCCGAUGAUGAUGUCGGCCUCCUCGCUUUUGUCGAUAUUGGUAAUUGAAAGAGUUGAUGAGAGGGCUGGGUUAUCUUGUUUGAUCUCGCUCUUGUCUCUUUUACUGGUGAGCAGUGCGUGUGAAAGGAUUCUUGAUGAUAUGCGCCUGUGGGUAGUUUUAAACCUGGUUCCUUGUGUUGCCAUUCCAGCAAUGCUAUUCUUGUUCCCGCCAAAGUAUACACACUCAAGAUUUUGGUUUCUUGCUACAGGCUUUUACCUUCUGGCACGAUUCGAAGGCCUUGCCGACAGAAAGGUGUACAGUGUGAAUAGAUACUUCAUUAGCGGGCAUUCCUUGGAGCACCUUUGCUUUGCCAUGGUUACAUUGAUACUUACUGUGAUGCUAUCCUUCAGAAAUAUUAAGAUCGCCAGGGACUCGUGAAUACAACUCCAGCAUUGCAUGUUUGUAACACAUGGCAAACUAAAUUUCCUGUCGGAAUUUCUAUGUUCGGAAGAGCCCCUCCAGAAUCCUGAAGCACCUGAAGAAACAUAAAUAGGUGAUCUAUGUAUCCUAUUUUAACACUACAUGGGCGAUUGGCGCCCUUCAUCCCUAAGUCUUGUAAGAUUAUUUCAACGUGUGGUCAUGUUGUGAGUUGUUUGUGUUUGGAGCUUGUUAACUUGACAAGCAGAAACAUUGGAGGACUAUAUUGCAAUUUAUACAGAUUUCAGUUGUCACAAAA